GUACGAAGCUUACAAGAAGGCCGAGACAGUGGCUGAGGCCCUCAGCCUGGGAUGCAAAAAGGGAGACCUUGUGCAUGAUCAGAGCAAGGGCUACUUGAUCAUAGCCCAGGAUCCAGCCAAGCAGCUCCGUCCGACCACUGCAGGCAGCGCGCCUGCCAAGAGCAGCAAUCUGCUCGACAGGUUAGUGGCGAAGAAGCCUACUGUGGAUGAGGUGGCACGCUCUGUCCUUCCACCACGGGAAAUCUCCUGCUCCUCAGAUUCAGGUGCAUCUGACCUUCGUCAACCUGCUUCACCGAUGCGGAAGAGACCCGCAGAAGCGCUCCUCUCACCGCGCAAGAAGCCAAAGACGGAAGUCGGUGAAGUCGGGGAAGUCGAAGCCGAAUCUCCGGUGACCAUGAAUUACCAAGACAUCGUUACACAGGCCAAGAGUGUGCAAAUAUUUAAAAAGGCCGUGGACUGCCCGGACGAGGAUGUCGCCUCCACCGUUCCCGACGAAUCCGAGGAGCAGGACCUGCAGCUAACCGACCGAAGGCAGCAGCCACAUCAAGCGCAGCAAAGGGCAGAAGGAGGAGAAGAGGACGGAGCAGCAUCUGCGGCAGGCCUUGAGCAUUUCCUGGCUGCAUCGACGCCAUCCGGUGAGAUGUUGCGGCAGCCAGGUGCGUUGAACCAGGCGCUUGCAAACGAAGUGCAGGACCUGAUCUUUAAAUUUCUUGCUGAUCACCCGAAGCUUCCUUCCCGGCGAGACCUCUCCCAUGAGUCCCAUGAGAAGACAGGCAUGAUGGAUCUCGAGGACAGCCUCGAAAAUGGUGACGAGAAGGUAACACUGCUGGGUGGCAAACAGCGGCGCGAGUGCUCCUGGACUUGCGGUGCUGCAGAGUUCCUCGAUGACUUGGCAGGAGCCAUUGGCUACAAACUCCUUUUCCUGCUGUUUGUUGUGGAACAUGUCAAUAGAGGAUUUGUGGCCGACUUCUCAGGUCAAGCGGAGUCGUACGUGUACAAAACGUAUGCUGUGCCUGCUCCGCGAGUUCAAAUCUACUCAGGCAUCUCGAAGCUCCCUUGGGCUUUGAAGCCCGUGGUGGGCCUUGUCAGCGAUGUGAUGCCCAUAGGUGGCUACCACAAGGCACCGUACAUGAUCGGAGCGGUUUUCGUUGGCAGCGCUGCCUUCCUCGCUGUGGGUGCCGUGCCGCACAGCAUGCUGCCGGUGUCUCUGUUGGUAGUUUGUAUCUUCCUGCAGCAGUCGCAGUUGUCGGUCUGUGAUAUCCUGGCUGAAGCAAGAUAUGCGCAGCAGAUACAGGAGGUGCCAGCCUUCGGAUCCCAUGUGCUGAGCUUCGUAUGGUUUGGUAUGAAUGCAGGGUCUGUGCUAGGCGUCUUGCUCUCCGGCCUCCUCCUCGCCCAUGGAUCGCCAAAACUGCCUUACCUGAUCUCUGCCCUGCCAGCGGCAAUGGUGCUGAUCCCUUUAUUUUAUGGCUGCCUUGAAGAAAAGAUGGUGCGAUCAGAAGAGAUAGCCGAAAGAAGGGAGAAAUUCUAUGCGCAGAAGGAGGCCUGCUUUUUGAGUUUGCAUCUUGGCGGCAUGUCGUGCCUCUCUUGCCUGAAGUUUUGA